AUGGACAUCACCGUUCCCUCAGGGGCAAAAGUCGAGUCCGGCCAAUAUCUGUACCUCUGGCUGCCACAAGCAGGCCUGCGGACGGCUAGCCAGCUGCCGCUAUUUUAUGUCUCAUCCUGGGAAGAUACACCGCAGCCCAACGAUACAUGGACACCCGGACCAGAACACCUCCCGAGCCAGCGCGCACAGAUCGAUGUGUCGGAGCAGUCUGCCAGCCAAGAGAACACGCUGAGUGAGGCAGACACAUUGGUACCGGACGAUGCAUCGCUACGCUCGACCGAACAAGGGGAAGAAUGGAGACAGGCAGGGACAGCCGCAGAACGCGAAGCAGCCGUGCAUACGACCAGUCAGCGUCACGGGUCGAGAGGGAGGGCCUGGUUGCAUCCUGCGAGGGGCCACUGCACGCUACAUGUGCUGGCCCGUCCGCAGUCUUCGGCACUGGCGGCGGCGCUCUAUGAUGCCGAGCAGCUCCACAACGCUCGACACAGCGCGUUCGUGCUGGGACCGUACGGGAGACCGCCGGAUCUGGCCCGCUUCGGCAUCGUUCUCCUCAUCGUAGAGGAUAUCGGAAUUGCGCGCGUCUUCUCACUCAUCCAGACCCUGGUCCUCGCGAGUGAACAACACCGCGGCAUGGUACGGAAGCUCGUCGUGGUCUGGCAAAUGGGGGACCUAGACAAUCGUCGGUGGGUGAACAUGCAGCAUUUGCUGGACCUCGAUCGCCAAGAAUUCCAGAUCCUCCGAUUCGUCCUGUACUACCGUCGAAACUGCAACCAUGAGCCAUCUCGGAACCCCGGUACGAGGAUUCGAUUCAGAAAAGGGUCUGUGGAUUUAGCACAGACGAUAAGGAGAUACCUGAAUACCCGUCGCGGGAGCAUGUUGGUAGGCGGUAUGGACCCUCUUCGAGGCCGCUGGGGGAAGGCCGGUUCCUCCGAUGAAGCCAUUCUAACGGAUCCCUUGUCUCCAGUCUGUGCGCGACAGUCGAUCCGGAACCAGGUCAGGGCGAUCGUUCAGCCCAAGCUGAGCGAUGACCUCCGGCUACUAGAUCUUGACGUUGAGCCGUAUCAUCAGUGGUUGGGCUCGGACUCAACGGUGGCAGACACUACCGGACCAUCCAGAAACCACCUCCAGUGGAUCGGCUCCAGAAUCACUGAAGGCCGUGAUCAUUCCAGAUGA